AUGGAGGAUGAGGGUGUUUUGACACCCACACUUUUCAUGGAAACGGAAAUCGCUGCUGAAUGCAACCAUCUGCUGUGGAACUACAAACUGAACCUGACCACCGACCCAAAGUUUGAGUCUGUAGCCGUGGAGGUCUGCAAGACAACCAUCUCUGAGAUUAAAGAAUGUGCAGCAGAGGAGCUGGGAAAAGGCUACCUGGUGUCCUGCCUGGUAGACCAUCGUAGCAACAUCACUGACUACCAGUGCAACCAGUACAUCACCAAGAUGACCAGCAUCAUCUUCGGCGACUUUAGGCUGAUCUGUGGCUUCAUGGACAAGUGUCAUGACGAUAUCGAUGCUCUUCGCUGCGGCAGCAUCAGCACCGGAGAGAAGGUGAGCUGA